GUGCGACUCUUCGUCAUAGUAACCGGGGUGCGCGCGAGCAGAACGAGGUUGUUUCGCUAAAAAGGAAGUUUUACAGCCGGUUUUUCUUCAGUUUCAUCAAGAGUUCUACACUGCAAAAAUGGGCACUGCUAUCAAACGGGUAUUUCAGUGGAGCAGACCCAACGACUCCGGGGUCUCGGUGCUGGAGGACACGUCCCUGAACAGAGAUUUACUGAGACACAUCAUCGACUUCGUGCAGCAGUUCAGCACCGUCCACCCAAACGAAGCCUCCAUGCCAUUUUACGAGCCUCUUCAGUGGAGCACCAGUCUACAACCUUCAGAUUUCCACUCAGAAUACACUGUGAGUGACACAUCUGUGGAGUCCCAGGAAACUGACGCUGAUGGACGUCCGCUCCUCCACAUGACUCCUCCUCACAUCUCUGUGCGCAGCUUCAGCCAGCUCUCCAAGCUCCUGGUGCUUUCUGAUGAUAGAAAAUUCAAGGAGGCAGAGGCUUGUCUAGAGGCUAACAGAGACCCCAUGUUGAAAAUUCUUGGGCCAGAUGUCGGCACAGAACCGGGCCAGGAUUCAUCCGAGGACAAACUCCGACUCCAGGUCAUCCUGCGUCAGUUGGGCACACAGCUCCUCGGCAACUCCGUCCAUCAAUUCUCAGAGGACAUCAUGGUGAGCCCCGUCGCUGUAAAACGUGAAGUCGAAGAGCUGCAGGGUUUGUGCGGAGAGAAGAAACGUCUAAAAUCUGUGCUCUACACAUCAGAUUUCGAGUUCAGCAACAGCUGCCGCUCACCCCCGUGGAGACAGGUGCACGGAGAGAUCGCCUACCUCAUCAUCGAGACGUGCGACGUGGGAACGCUCUUCGUCACGUGCUCCACAGACGGAGCCUUUCUCAACGGGGGCAUCGGUCAUGGGAGACACGAGAACGCUUUCGACAGAAAGAGUGAAGUGUACAGAGAUGUGACCACGCUGCUCAAGAACAAGUCUCCUCACUUUGCUGAAGACCUAAUGAAGCAGGACUUGCAAGAAGAACCUCAGACCGCUCAGAAACUCCAACAUGUGGAAGCCGUUGAUGCAGAGGAACCAGGCCAAACCCCAAGAUCUUACGAGCAGGAGGAGAAGAAUGCAACAGAGAGACAAGAGCCUGCUCUGAACAAGGACUUAGAACCGUCUCCUCCGAACUGUGAGAUUGCCACUGAGAGUCUCAAAAAAUCUCCCAAAUCAGAAAGCAAGAAGAAAACCGCUGCCUCUGGAUCUCCUUUAACAGGCUGUACCUCAUCUCACAAAGCGAGUCCAGGUGAAGGUUAUAGUGAGAGUUCCUCUGAGAGCGAGGAUGAUGAAGAGAUAAUUGAGAGACGAGGGGAUAGUUACACAGACGUUCCCUCCGAGUACUGGCACAUUCAGAAACUAGUCAAGUACCUGAAGGGAGGUAAUCAGACAGCGACAGUGAUCGCUCUGUGCUCUAUGAGAGACUGUAACUUGGCUCAGGAGGCAUGUCAGCUGGCCAUCAGAGACGUUGGAGGACUGGAGGUCCUCAUCAACCUGCUAGACACCGAGGAGCUCAAGUGUAAAAUUGGUUCUCUGAAGAUCCUGAAGGAGAUCAGUCACAGCGCUCAGAUCAGACGCGCCAUCGUCGAUUUAGGAGGCCUGCAGACGAUGGUGUCCAUCCUGGACACUCCGGACAAACAGCUGAAGUGCCUGGCGGCUGAGACCAUCGCCAACGUGGCCAGGUUCAGGCGAGCACGUCGGACCGUACGCCAACAUGGCGGCAUCUGGAGACUGGUGAAGCUUCUGGAAUGCGCCCCUAAGCCGACGACGCUGAGCACAGAGCAGGAGAAGGACGUGGAGGUGGCACGCUGCGGUGCUCUGGCACUGUGGAGCUGCAGUAAGAGCACCAGGAACAAGGAGGCCAUCCGUAAAGCAGGGGCGAUCCCUCUGCUCGGCCGACUACUCAAAUCUCCUCAGAACAAUGUCCUCAUCCCUGUGGUGGGAACUCUGCAGGAGUGCGCCUCUGAGAGGAGCUACAGGAUUGCCAUCCAGAAAGAGGGAAUGAUCGAGGACUUGGUGAAGAACCUGAGCUGUGACAACCAAGAGCUUCAGACGCACUGCGCGAGCGCUAUCUUCAAGUGUGCGGAAGACAAGCAGACGCGGGAUCUGGUGCGGCAAUUCAACGGCCUGCAUUCGCUGGUCGUCCUGCUCAAACAAACCGAGAACAAGCAGCUGCUCGCCGCCACCACAGGAGCCAUCUGGAAAUGUUCCAUCAGCAUGGAGAACGUCGAGAAGUUUGAGGAGUACAGGGUGUUGCAGACAUUGGUGGCUUUGCUCUCAGAUCAGCCUGAAGAAGUGCUGGUCAAUGUGGUGGGGGCUUUAGGAGAGUGCGCCCAAAGACCGGUGAACCGCAUUGCCAUCCGAAAGAGCGGCGGAAUCCCACCACUGGUCAGCCUGCUCACAGGAACCAACCAGGCACUGCUGAUCAACGUCACCAGGGCUGUUGGAGCUUGCGCGAUGGAUCCAGAAAACAUGGCAAUCAUCGACCGUCUGGAUGGAGUGCGUCUGCUUUGGUCAUUGCUGAAGAACCCAAACCCUGCAGUCCAGGCCAGUGCUGCCUGGGCCAUCUGUCCCUGUAUAGAGAACGCAAAGGAUUCUGGCGAAAUGGUGCGUUCUUUCGUGGGCGGCUUGGAGCUGAUAGUCAACCUUCUGAACUCGCCGAACUCCGAAGUUCUGGCCAGCGUGUGCGCUGCCAUUUCCAAAAUCGCCAAAGACGAGGAGAACCUGGCUGUCAUCACCGACCACAGCGUCGUCCCCAUGCUUUCCAGCCUCACCAACACGACUGACGAUAAUCUGCGGAGGUAUCUGUCCAAGGCCAUCGCUCGCUGCUGCAUGUGGGGUUCCAACCGAGCGGCGUUCGGCGAGGCCGGAGCUGUGGCCCCGCUGGUGCACUACCUCUGCUCUAAAGACCCCAAGGUGUACCAGACUACGGCUCAGGCCCUCUUCCAGCUCUCCAAAGAUCCGAACAACUGCAUCACCAUGCACCAGAGUGGCGUCGUCAAGCUCCUGAUCGGCAUGAUGGGAUCUUCAGACGAGGUGCUGCAGGAGGCGGCGGCCAGCUGCGUGGCGAACAUCCGGCGCCUGGCGCUGGCCAAUGAGAAGAACAGGUUCGGGUAAAGAGCACGAACACCUGCAAGAGCGUGACUGGAGUGUAAAUCCGACCAAAUCAUGGAAACAUUGUUCUGUCUUUUCACGAUUAAAUGAAAAACGAACAUCUCUUCAGUCCUGUGAUCAUUAUCCAGUGUGAAACACACACACACACACACACACACACACACACAUGGAUGUACCUCAGAACACCUCCGCUCAUGUUGUUCCUGUGUGCGGAUGACAGAAAGUGCCACAGAGUUAAAAUACAUCAGCACAUCUGUGUGACAUCACUGAACAUCUGGAUGUGGUUCGAGUCUCGUGUUUACAGAAAAAUAUCCUCCGUGAUUGAUUACAGUGUCUAAGUGGAAAUUGUGUGUAUUUUUCUGUGUCUACAUGUUACAUUGUUAAUGUUCAUUUCUCAAAGGUUUUAUUUCUCUCUGUCUGUCUUUCCAUUUGUAUCUCUGUCUUUUUCUAUUGGUUUCUCUUUUUUCUCUCUGUC